AAGGCCUCAACCAACACUUCUUUUUCGACUAGAUACCAUCUCACACCUUCACAUUGAAUCCAACAAUCACUCACCCACUCAAACAUUCUUUCUCUACGACUCACUCCGGCCUCCAGCUCCACCAGAGAACCAACUGACUCAAAAUGAAGUCCAGCAUCAUCUCUACCGCACUGGCCGCCCUCAUGGCCACCUUCACCACCACCAUGGCCGCUCCAGCCCCUACCAAUUCCACCGACCCAAUCCGAGGUGAUCCUUCCUUCAAGCUAAGGGCCGACUCUAGUUCCCCCGCUGGCCUCGUGGGACGCACCGUAGCUUGGGACGGGGCCUUAGACGGUAGUCUGGGGUUCUUCAACGACGGAGCCGAAGAACUAGGCGCCUUCAUCCAGUGCAACGCAAAGGAAGGCAUAGCCUUCUACGCUCAUGACACCGCACUCCGGGUAUACCUCCGCCCGACGCAUGGAACUCCCGCGUUCUUUUCAAAGUUGGGGGACCCAGCCAAUGAUGCUGCACCUGCCCUGACUUUGUCGACGAAUUUCACCGUGAGUGAGCAGGCAGGUGGGUCCGGGGAGGUUAAUUAUGCCUUUGGGUAUGGUGGUAAUGUCGGGGGUUGGUCGGCUUGUGGGGGUCCUGAGGAGUACACACUUUAUUAGUAGGUUUUCCCGUCCCUUUCUCUUUUUGUGGGGUGGAGGGGGGUUCCGUAUUGAUUUUUUGGGGUUUUAGUGGCACUGUGGGAACUCCCAAAUCCGGGUGCACCGCCAACUUUGGGCUCGAUUUGUUCUAUGAAUGAGCUGAAAGCUAUGGGUGAUAGAGAGUGAUCGUGAUGAUGGGUUAAGGUGUCUGCGAUUGGGCGAGAAAUGGACAGUGGGGUAAUGAAAAGUGAUGGAUAUACACCAGGUUGUGAAGAUGUGCAGAUGGAGGGGGCGAAAGAUUGAGUUGUGAAUGGAUGGAUGAAUAUGCUAGCUCUCUCUAUUGUUUUUUGUGCUGAUCCGGGUCAUGGACUAUAAUACUCCUUUGUUUACUAAAAUCCGAUACUUGAUUAUUUUGCUC